CAAGGCCAAAGUGCGAUCAACCCAGUUCAUUGAUUUGAUUUCGCGAUUUUCCAGCAAUGGAAACCAGCGAAUGCUUCAUCGUGAUACUAAUCUUCUGCUGCUUCACGUCCAAAUCUCUUAGUCAAUCGAUCCUCCGUCUCUCUCGGGAAAACCACAACUCCGAUCUAAUAUCUGAUGGAAUUAGAUCUAAAGGAGACGACCCAUUCUAUUGCGAUAGCUGGAGAUUCACAAUUGAGACUAAUGACGCUGGCCCAUGGAGUAAAAUUCCCUACAAAUGCAUUGACUACGUUCAGGAUUACAUGACCGGCGGCCGGUACAAGUCCGAUUCGGAUGCUGUUGGUGCUGAAGCGUCAUCUUUCAUUAAUACGACCAAUUUCUCAGGAGACGGAAGGGAUGCCUGGGUCUUCGACAUUGACGAGACACUUCUCACUAACCUGCCGUAUUACGUUGACCAUGGAUUCGGGUCAGAAGAAUUUGAUGAGAACAGUUUUAAUGAGUGGGUGGAUUUAGCUGUGGCCCCUGCCUUGCCUGCGAGUUUGAAAGUGUACAAUGAGGUCAAGAAAGCCGGCAUCAAGAUAUUUCUGCUUACUGGCCGUAGUGAGUCUCAAAGAAAUGAAACAGUGAAGAAUCUGCUGUUUGUUGGCUACAGCAACUGGGAGAAGCUGAUUCUGAGGGGAGAGUCUGAUUUAGGAAAACCAGCAAUUGUGUACAAAUCUGAAAAGAGAAAGGAGAUAGAAGAAUUGGGGUAUGUAAUCCAUGGUAAUUCCGGGGAUCAAUGGAGUGAUUUGAUGGGCUUUUCCAUGGCAGUUAGAUCGUUUAAACUUCCAAAUCCUAUGUAUUUUAUUGCCUGAAAGAACAUCAGAAUGGGGGGUGUUCAAGAAAUUGAUUGCUGUAUUAGUUAUUAUUUCUAGUGGUUGUGAAGUUGCUGUUAUUGAAAUUGAUUUGAAGACCUAUUUGUCGAGUAAUAACCACAGAAUUGUAUCUUGUUAUAUUGAAGGGUGUUGUCUAGAUAAAUAAACUAUCAUAUUUUGUCUUGUUUUCUUCUCAU